AUGACGUCAAAUAUUGCUGAGUCAAUCAAUGUCGCACUAGUUUCAGCAAGGGAAUUGCCAAUAUACGACUUCCUUGAAGAAGUGGUACCAUCAACUAAAUACUUACAUACGAUUAACGAUGGUGGGAGGAAUUAUACAGUCAGCCUGUUAGAGAGAAAAUGUGUUUGUGGGAGGUUCCAAGUUGAUGAAUUACCAUGCCCACAUGCUUGGGUUGUAUUGAAGAGCAAGUUUCUAAUGCCAGAAGAAUAUUGCUCUAACUAUUACAAAUCAAAUACAAUUGUAAUGACAUACGAUGUGCCAGUGUACCCGCCAUCAGACAGAAAUGACUGGAAUAUACCAGAACAUGUUGCAGAGGAGGUUGUACUACCACCCAAAUGGAAAAGACCUCCCGGAAGGCCAAAGAAGAAGCGCGAUAAAACUUUAAGCGAAUUGCUGCAGCCGAAAAAUCAACAUUCAUGUAGCAUAUGUGGGCAGGGAGGACAUAACAAGUGA